AUGUCUUGGAGAAAUCAGGGCAUCACCGGCUCGAACAACAUUCCGCUCGGGAAAGUGCGUCGCUUUGGAGGCGACUCUGAGCCCAGCAGCAACGGCGGCGGCGGCGACUACGAUCGCGGCGACCGUCAUGACCGCAGCGACUAUCGUAGUGACCGGGGCGACCGUGAUGACCGCGACCGCAAUGGUGGAGGCUACGACCGGGAUCGCGAUCUGAAGCGCGGGCGUAGCCCAGAGCCCCGUGGACCGCCGGCAACCGAUGGCGGCCUUGAUGGCGGCGUCCGUCGCCGCAAGAAGCGCAACCGGUGGGGCGAAGCGUCCGACAACAAGGCGGCUGGUCUCAUGGGUCUGCCCACGGCGAUCCUGGCCAACAUGACCAGCGAACAGCUUGAGGCGUACACGUUGCACUUGCGCAUCGAGGAGAUCACGCAGAAGCUCAAGAUCGACGACGUCGUCCCAGCCGAUGGCGACCGCUCGCCAUCGCCCGCACCCCAGUACGACAACCACGGCCGGCGUAUCAACACGCGGGAGUACCGCUACAGAAAAAAGCUGGAGGAGGAGCGCCACAAGCUAGUUGAGAAGGCCAUUAAGACCUUCCCCAACUACCAUCCGCCCCAGGACUAUCGCCGGCCGACCAAGACCCAGGAGAAGGUCUACGUGCCCGUCAACGACUACCCUGAAAUUAAUUUUAAAUCUGGCGCCAAGAUUGCCAUUCGCGGCAAGGGUUCCGUCAAAGAAGGCAAAGGCCGCUCUGAUGCCGCACACUCCAGCAACCAGGAAGAAGAUCUUCACUGUCUGAUCAUGGCAGACACUGAGGAGAAGGUGGAAAAGGCCAAGCGCCUGAUCCAUAAUGUGAUCGAAACUGUAUGCGCCCACUACGAACGCCUCAAGCAGCUGAUCCAGCAGCUGUUCCCCCAUGCGACUCCCCGAGCUAACAGGUUUCUUCUCCAACAGGCCGCUUCCAUUCCCGAAGGGCAGAAUGAGCUCAAGCGCAACCAGCUGCGUGAGCUGGCUGCCCUCAACGGUACCCUCCGCGACGACGAGAACCAGGCCUGCCAGAACUGCGGUCAGAUCGGCCACCGCAAGUACGACUGCCCAGAAAAGCAGAACUACACUGCCAACAUCAUCUGCCGUGUCUGUGGCAACGCAGGCCACAUGGCUCGCGACUGUCCUGACAGACAAAGAGGCGCCAACUGGCGGAACGAUGGACCCGUGCGGUCCUCGGCUGGUCGUCUGGGUCCCUCGGGCAGUGGCGAUGCGGUGGACCGCGAGUACGAGCAACUCAUGCAAGAACUCGGUGGUGGCUCUGGCCCGCCGCUGCGCAUCGAAGCUGGUCCUGGUGGUCCCUCUGGCCCCGGUGGUGGCAAUAGCGAGCCCAAGCCGUGGCAACGUGGCCCGACAGGAGGACCUGCGCCCUGGCGGCGUGCUAACAACGACCGUGAUAACGACGGUCCUCCCAAAGAUGCUCCAGGUGGUCCCUCGGGCGGUCCCGCACCCUGGGCGCGUGAUCGUAACUAUCGCAACAACGACAGCUACAACGGUGGUGGAGGUGGUUACGACAAUGGUGGUGGUGACUUCUACAACGCUGGCAGUGGCGCCCAUGGUGGCUACAAUGGGCAAAAUGGGACAGCCGCACCCCCAGCCCCGCCGGGCAUGGCCCCAUGGCACCAAGCGCCUGGCGCGCAGGCAAUUCCGCCUCCGCCGUCGUACCAUGGCUCUCCGGGCUACGGAGCGCCGCCAGGCAUGGGCGGAGCGCCUCCCGGUCUUCACCCGCCCCCGCCCCCUCCUGGUGCCGGUGCCGGUGCUGGUCUGGGUGCGCCCCCGGGCAUGGACUCUGGUCUCAGCGCUCUGAUCCAGCAGUACUCUGGUGCGGUGCAACCUCCACCGCCGCCGCCGCCUCCGGGUGAUGCGCCUCCCCCUCCGCCGCCAAGCGACCAGCCGCCUCCACCUCCACCUCCGGGAGCGUAA